AUGGUGCUACACAAUGUGACUUUCUGGAGGGGCUUUGUUUUCCUCGGAUUCUCCAGCUUUGGUGAACUGCAACUCCUACUCUUUACCUUAUUCCUCUGUCUGUAUCUUGUCACCCUGACCAGCAAUGUCUUUAUCAUUGUCGUCAUCAGGCUGGAUAGCCAUCUGCACACCCCCAUGUAUCUCUUCCUUUCCUUCCUGUCUUUCUCUGAGACCUGCUACACUCUGGGCAUCAUCCCUCGGAUGCUCUCUGGCCUGGUUGUGGGGGGCCAGUCCAUCUCCUAUGUGGGCUGUGCUGCACAGAUGUUCUUCUCCGCCUCAUGGGCCUGUAGCAACUGCUUCCUUCUGGCCGUCAUGGGCUUUGACAGAUACGUGGCCAUCUGUACCCCCCUGCACUAUGCCAGCUGCAUGCACCCUACCCUCUGUGCUCAGCUCAUUGGUGCCUCCUUCCUAAGUGGGUACCUCUUUGGGCUGGGAAUGACGCUGGUCAUUUUCCACCUGUCAUUCUGCAGCUCCCAUGAGAUUCAGCACUUUUUCUGCGACACGCCCCCUGUGCUGAGCCUUGCCUGUGGAGAUACAGGACUGAGCGAGUUGGGGAUCCUCCUGCUCAGCCUGCUGGUCCUGUUGGCCUCCUUCUUCUUCCUCACCGUCUCCUAUGCCUAUAUCCUGGCAGCCAUCCUGAGGAUCCCCUCUGCCGAAGGACGGAAGAAAGCUUUCUCCACCUGCGCCUCACACCUCACGGUGGUCAUUAUUCACUACGGCUGCGCCUCUUUCAUGUACUUGAGGCCGAAAGCCAGCUACUCUCUUGAGCGGGAUCAGCUUAUUGCUGUCACCUAUACCGUGGUGACCCCUCUCCUCAAUCCUAUUGUUUAUAGUCUAAGGAACCGGGCUGUGCAGACAGCUGUGAGGAAUGCUUUCCAAGGGAGCCUACUGGGUAAAGGAUGA